GUGUAAGAUUACCAAACAUCUGCAUCUCUGAUUUCCAAACAAAACGUCUGAACUAGAAAAUAAGGAAGACGCUGAAGAGACAGCUACAGAGACCCCAGAGGAGGUUGAGGACCUCUUGGCUUUAUGGAAAUUUAUGCAAGCACUCCUUCCAGAGGGUGCCGUCACCCCGCUGCAGGGUACCAGGAUCAAAACCAAGUGUCAGAAGAUGGAGACCUCACAGGAGGAGAUUGUGGCCAUGAAUAAUCUGUACCAGAUUGCUGAUGACAUGGAGUUCUCCAGUACAGCCUUCCCAUACAGCGGUAUCUUCAAUGCAUGGGAAACUAACGAGGUCAUCCAAGAGGAGCUGUUCCGUAACAUAGGAUUGGCUCUAGCCGUGGUGCUGAUGAUUGGGCUGCUGCUAUUGGCCAAUCUCGCCACCUGCUUCUGGGUCUUCAUUUGUGUUACCUUCACCUUGAUAGAUGUGAUGGGAAUGAUGUACUUCUGGGGUCUGGAGAUCAACAUAAUUUCUGCCAUUCUGGUGAUUGUGGCCCUUGGACUGAGUGUGGACUAUGCUGCACAUCUGGGAGUGAUGUUUCUGACUCUGCCUGGUACCAAACAAGAACGUGCCUCCAAAAGUUUGGGUGCCAUUGGCCCUGCAGUGUUCAAUGAGCAUAUCAUUACCACCAGAAAGGGGAGCACCUCCUACCAGAUCAGUGUACCAUCACACCUUCCAUCCACCCAAGUGGACCCAUCCACCAAUAACUCGUACUCAGCAGGCAUACCAAUGCCAGACUAUGAUGAAGCCCCGCCCAUGCCACCAACAGCUGGGGAGAGUAUUGUGCCAAUGACAUCACGCAUAACGGGGCAGUCAGAGAAUACUAAGAUCUCUUUGGAGAUCAAGAUUACCAAAAAGUGA